UGGCAAAGGGGGAACUACUUGGCUUAUGUAAAUCUGGAGGCAGGCAGUUUCAGGUAUCGUUCAUAGCUCAGUGACCACCAAGGAAGCAGAUUCUUCCUGUGCCCCAUCCCUGGAGGGCUUGUCAUCCUUCAGCUGUAGGAAGCCUGCGCCAGCACCACACCUGCUAACACACUGGAAGCAGGAGGAAUUCAUCUGAGAAGCAGUUUUCUCAGAGGUCGUUGCCCGGGGAGUGAGUCCUGUGGAUGCCACCAGCGCCGCUGACCCUGUGGCCGCUGCCCACACCGCACCCGUCCCUUGCUCUUCGAGAAGCCUCUGUGCAGUGCCCGGGCCCGGGUGGCCUGCUUUGGAGGUUCCUGUGGCGUCUGUUGGAGGGGCCCCAGGGUCAGUGCAUUUCCUCUUGGGGGUGACUUGGCAGCGAUCGGCUGUUUCUUCACUUCUGCAAUUGCCAGACGGCAGCACGGAGGCUGGGGCCAGGGUGGACCCAGGGAGACAACAGACGCUACAGCCGAGCCGCUGCUGCUGCUGCUGCUGCUGCUGCUGCUGCUGCAGGCACUGCCAGGACCCUAUGAGGAGCUGAUUCUUAGAGCCCAGAGCCAUGGAGUUAAAUAACUCUUCCCAUGUGGAUUCUGAGUUUCGAUACACUCUCUUCCCAAUCGUUUACAGCGUUAUCUUUGUGCUGGGGAUCAUCACCAACAGCUAUGUGCUCUGGGUGUUUGCCCGCCUGUACCCUUCCAAGAAACUAAAUGAGAUCAAGAUCUUCAUGGUGAACCUCACUGUGGCUGACCUGCUUUUCCUGAUCACCCUGCCCCUGUGGAUCAUCUACUACUACAACCAGGGUAACUGGAUUCUGUCCAAAUUCCUCUGUAACCUGGCCGGCUGCCUCUUCUUCAUCAACACCUACUGCUCCGUGGCCUUCCUGGGAGUGAUCACCUAUAACCGCUUCCAGGCAGUAAGAUAUCCCAUCAAGACUGCUCAGGCCACCACCCGCAAGCGCGGCAUAGCUUUGUCCUUGGUCAUCUGGGUGACCAUUGUGGCCGCCGCAUCUUAUUUCCUUGUCAUGGACUCCACCAAUGUAGUGUCCAACAAGGCCGGCUCGGGCAACGUCACUCGCUGCUUUGAGCAUUACGAGGAGGGCAGCGACCCUGUGCUCGCCAUCCACAUCUGCAUUGUGCUCGGCUUCUUCAUUGUCUUCCUCCUCAUCCUCUUCUGCAACCUGGUCAUCAUCCGCACGCUGCUCAUGCAGCCGGUGCAGCAGCAGCGCAAUGCUGAGGUCAAGCGCCGGGCGCUGUGGAUGGUCUGCACAGUUCUGGCAGUGUUUGUCAUCUGCUUCGUGCCCCACCACAUGGUACAGCUGCCCUGGACCCUGGCCGAGCUGGGGAAGUGGCCGAGCAGCAACCACCAGGCUAUUAAUGACGCACAUCAGGUCACCCUCUGCCUCCUUAGCACCAACUGUGUCUUAGACCCCGUCAUCUACUGUUUUCUCACCAAGAAGUUCCGCAAGCACCUCAGUGAAAAGCUUUACAACAUGCGCAGCAGCCGGAAAUGCUCCCGGGUCACCACCGACACAGGGACCGAUGUGGCCAUUCCCAUCAACCAUAUUCCUGGCAGUUCCAUCAAAAAUUAGUCCUUGCUUGUUGGGGGUCAGGCCUGAAGUCUUCUCCUCCAUGAGCAUCCUGGGAGAGGCUGGGGGAAGAAGAGAUAACUGCUGCAGUCACCUCCUCUCUGGGCACCGGUGGCCCACUAAGUACAAAGGCUACCUCACGCAGGCAGGGACGAUGGCAGAGCUGGACUGCUGGACGAUCCAGAACUGGAACCAGCACCUUCAUCCACCUUUGGGCACACUCUGACCUCACCCUGGGCCCCUGGGUCUGAUGGGGCGAGGAGGAAUAUGAGGGUCAGGGGCAGACUCUGAGCCUCCCUCAGCUCCUCCCACUGGGUAGCGGCCUGGAGCCUUUGCCCAUGAUUCCCAAGUGGUAACGGCAGGGUGGGAAAGCACUAGAGCGGUGGAAGGGGCCUGGAAACCUGUCCCAAAUGACAGCUACAGAAGAGAAAACCUGACCAGAGAAAAAGCCAGGAUGGAGGCUUGUUUCCUGCACAGGCUUUGCCUCAGGCCUGGGUCAGCUCUGAGGGGCUGGGAGAGAGGCAGCCUUGCCUUCGUUUUUCUGCUUUAGUAACAGACCCUGAGUAAGGACCUUCUGUGGGGCAGAAAAUCCCCUCAAAGCAAAAUAUGAGAGCGCUCCGGCUAGGGCAACUCAAAGGCCAGAGGCUCCCAUGGGAACAGCACUUGGGCAGAGAAGAACCUGGGGUUUCUGGGAGGGAGAAGCCUGCUCGCUCUCUCUGGCAGGGCCUCUCCUAGCCUAACUUCCGGGAGGUAGAAGGGACAGUUACAGUGGCACAAGCUGGCGGGUGUCAGCUUCUCUCAAGCAUCUCUGGACACCUGCUUGUAAUUCUUGGCAAGCAUUCAGAUGAGACUGCUCUCUUUCCCUUAGCCAAGUACUUGCAGGGUGAGCCCCGCAGCCUGAGACCUGGGGGCUUGGAGGCACUUCUCCCUGGUGUCCAGAGCUCCUCUGCGAACUCUGCCUUCCAGCCAGCGCCCCACAAACUUGGGACUCUUGUUUCCUGCCUGCCAGGCAAGCACUGGAUUGCUGACUUUGAUACCUAUCUCCCCGAGAGCCAGUGACCUGCUUGGGUCUGGGAGGGUAGCUGUGGGCUGGCCCUAGCUGAUGGUGGCCGGACCAGGUGGCCAGAGCAGCACACUCAAGCUUUGGUGUCACACAGACCCAAGUUCAGUCUUGGCUUUGUCACUUAUUGCCAAGUGACUGGGGACUCAAUUUUCUACCUCUUAGUGUUGUUGCCUGUGAGGUAAAAACCUACCUCACCGGGGUGUUCCGAGCAGCAAACGCUGAGAAAGACACCUCUUGGUCAGGGGGACUGCUCAUCCCAGGCCCUCCCUUCUUCUGAGGACUUGGACCCUUCAGUCCUCUGGGAGAGGCUGGGAGAGUAAGAGCUGGACAGCUGGAUUCAGGGAUGCUGCCUCAGGCUUUUCAGGGCACUUACCUGAGGACAGAUGAACUCUGGAGCUGUGAGUGUAUUGAUAGUGCAUGUGUGUGUGUGUGUGUGUGUGUGUGUGUGUGUGUGUGUAGGGGAUGGCGUGGGUGUAUGCUUGGGUACUGCACCUGUGAUUAUGAUAGAGAAAAUGGUCUGUUCAUGGAGAAAAUUUUCAGAGCAAAGCAGAAGGCGGAAAGAAACGACAGGAGCAUGGAAGGAAGAGAGGACAGGUCUUGCAGGAGCCUGCUGGGUGACUGUCCUCUGCACGCCUUCCAUUGUGUCCUAGGAGAGUCUCUUGUGCGGACCCUUCCCUUAUCUUGCAUAAGCUGGUUUGAAUGAGUGUCUCUUACGCGCAACCGGAAGUGCAGCCGAUGGAGCGUACUGUCCGCGCUAAUUAUGCACACCAUUUCCGGAACAUCAGUCCUUUGCAUCCCACCUUGCACGCUGUGUCAUGUCCGUGUAUCCGCUGUGUGUUUACAGAAUAAAUAUUUUUUCUUUAAGUCCAGUGGGUUUUUCAAACUCAUAUUCAUCCAAAAGAGCUUAUAACUGUAGAUGAAAACAAAAGCCACCUGCCACAAACAGGAGGUAAACAUAAAAAUGAAAAUAAAACCACUAAAACUGUU